CGAGAUAACACAAAUUUUGCCGGGAAAGAACAGAAAAAUGACAACAGAGGCAAAAAAGAACUCUAAUCUCCCAUGGGUGGAGAAAUACCGUCCUAAACAACUGGAUGACCUCAUAUCACAUGCAGAUAUCAUUACAACAAUUGACAGAUUUGUAAAAGAGGAUCGCCUCCCCCACUUGUUGUUCUAUGGACCCCCAGGAACAGGGAAAACCAGCACCAUUUUGGCUGUGGCGAAACAGAUCUACUCUCCGAAGGAAUUUAAUUCUAUGGUGUUGGAGUUAAAUGCGUCUGAUGACCGAGGAAUUGGAAUUGUGAGAGGACAAGUCCUGAGUUUUGCCAGUACAAGAACGAUCUUCAGGUCAGGCUUUAAGAUCGUGAUAUUAGACGAAGCAGAUUCCAUGACCAAUGAUGCACAAAAUGCGUUGAGAAGAGUGAUAGAAAAAUUUACAGAAAACACUCGUUUCUGUAUAAUUUGUAACUACCUGUCAAAGAUAAUCCCAGCUCUACAGUCGAGAUGUACACGGUUCCGAUUCCUUUGUAUAUAUGUAGAUGUAUUGAUGUUCAUAAAAACUUUGGCUUGUUGUAGCGUGAACAUCACUGGUGACGGUAUGAAGGCUGUAGUGACGCUAGCCAGUGGCGAUAUGAGGAGAGCUCUCAACAUUCUCCAGUGUACACACAUGGCCUACGACUGCGUGUCAGAAAACAAUGUUUAUACGUGUGUUGGCCAUCCUUUACGACGAGACAUAGAAAACAUUGUCAACUGGGUCCUAAACGAAGGCUUCACCGUCGCCUAUAAUAAUAUUUUUGAUUUAAAGACCGCAAAAGGCCUAGCAUUGCAGGACAUCCUGAGAGAAGUUCAUCUAUAUGUCCACAGAAUUGAUCUACCUGUGCAUGUAAAAAUGCAUCUCUUGGAAAAAAUGGCUGAUAUUGAGUACAGAUUAGCAUCUGGAACAAGUGAAAAAAUCCAGCUGAGUUCGUUAAUAGCAGCUUUCCAGGUAGCCAGAGACCUUAUAGUUCAGGAGGCUAGCUGAAUGAAAGUGUAAAACAUAAAAGAGAAAGGAAGAAAAUAUUUACCAGUCAGCCAUGAUUUAAAAAUGAGGAAGAAAAAAAGUGAGCCGAUGCCAAAACAAUCAGUUCCUGAAAGACAAAUAUGUAUUGAGCAUUGAAAAUUCCUGUUUUCAUUCUAAUGGAAGAGAAUAGUUCAAUACUUUUAAGGAUUAUUACAUUACUAGUGGUUACUAGUGAUAAUCAUUGUUUGCAACAUAAGAAUUACAUUGCUACAUAUAUACAUAUACAUCAAGGAUAAAAUCAAGGAAAGCAUCAAUUUAAUUAUCUUCUAAAUUCCAGGGGUUACGCUGUCUUAAAUUCUCUGCAACCCUGAAAUAUGUCGUGAUGAAAUUGAAGGCCAGUACCACUUUAUAGAUGGUACAAGUAGACUACUUUGAUCCUUUGAUGUACAUUGGAAGUUUUGGGUGGCAGUGAACAUAACUUCGAGGGGCUUUGAAUUUGGAUGUCACUCCUCUGUGAUCUAGCAGCCUUAUGAUUGGUCAGGGAUUUUGUCAUGACAUGUUCAAAGGUUCUGAGGAUGUAACUGAUCAUAACCACAGGAAAUUCAGGGAUGCAUUUCAACAGAUUGCAAACUUAGAGGAUGGAUCACAUCUAGGUUUGAGAGAAUAUUAUUGAAGUGUCCUUUGGUAUGAGUUAUGGUACAUCACUUUCUAUACAUUAAUUCACAUUUAGUCUGUAAGUGUUUGUGAAAAAUGAGUUUGUUCUGGAUGCACAUGCUCUGAAAAUUAAAUUUGCCAUCCAUUCAAAUCUUGGGACAGCACACCCCUAAUGAAAGUUGUAGAGACUAAUUGAAUGUGUGUGUGGGAGGGGAGAAGGAGUGGAAUAAAAUAAUUACCACAGUC